AUGGAAAAUUUGAAAAUGAGCCGUAUUUAUAGGAAAAGGGUUGGUAGCCGCCCUUACAAAAAUUAUACCAAUGAAUCACUUGAUCGCGCUAUGCAAUUAGUAAGAAACGGAUCUUCCUAUAGAGAAGCUGCUGCCAAGUUUGGAAUACCAUGGAAAACCCUAUGGAAUAAGAUAAAGGCCAAGCACACCAAUAGUGUUGGCGCUCUCACACUUCUUACAGAGUUGGAAGAACGACAUUUUGUUGAUGUUCUCUUAGCGACGGCGGAAUUCGGUAGUCCGUUAACGGCGUUUGAUUUACUUUCAGGUUCCUGA